AUGAAGGCCUCUAUCAUUGCUGGUCUCUCCCUUCUAGGGGCGGCCAUGGCUGCCGAAAUUCCCUCCAUCGAGAUUAAGGGCAAGAAGUUUUUCUACUCCAACAACGGCACCGAGUUCUUCAUCCGUGGAGUCGCCUAUCAGCCCGACUUCACUGGUCGCAACGGUGCUUCCGGCAAUGACUCAUACACCGACCCGCUGGCCAUCGACAGUUGUAAGCGUGAUAUUCCCUACAUGGUCCAGUUGCGCACCAAUGUGGUUCGUACCUACGCCGUUGACCCCAGCAAGGACCACGAUGAGUGUAUGAACGCUCUCGCCGAUGCCGGUAUCUACCUGAUCACCGAUCUGUCCUCUCCUACCCAAUCUAUUGUGUCCGACAACCCGAGCUGGAACUCGGAUCUCUUCACUCGCUACUCUCAGGUCGUCGAUGCCUUCGCCAAAUACCCCAACGUCAUCGGCUUCUUCGCCGGAAACGAAGUUGCCAAUAGGGUCAACAACACCGACUCCAUGGCAUACGUCAAGGCCGCCGUCCGCGACAUGAAGUCCUACAUCAAAGAGAGGAAUUACCGUAGCUCCCUCGCUGUCGGCUACGCUACCGAUGACGAUGCCACCGUCCGCGAAGCCGUCUCCAACUACCUCAUUUGCGACGAAGCCGCCGAUUCCAUCGACUUCUUUGGCUACAACAUCUACGAGUGGUGCGGCGAUGCCACCUUCCAGAGCUCCGGCUACGCCGAGCGCACCAAAGAAUUCGCAGACUACCCCGUUCCUGCCUUCUUCUCCGAGUACGGCUGCAACGCAGUCCGUCCCCGCGAGUUCACCGAUGUCCCCGUCCUGUUCAGCGAAAAGAUGACCAACGUCUGGUCCGGAGGUAUCGUCUACAUGUACUACGAAGAAGCCAACAAAUACGGUCUCGUCUCCGCCGACGGCGACGAAAUCAAAACCCUCUCUGACUUCGAAAACCUCUCCAAGCGAAUGGCCACUGUAACCCCGACCGGCGUGCAAUCAGCUGCAUACUCCGUCUCUACCACCGUCGGCCGCAGCUGUCCCACCGUCGGCGCAGACUGGAAUGCCGCCAGCAAGCUGCCCCCUUCGCCCAACGCCAACCUCUGCGAGUGCAUGUACGACUCCCUCGAGUGUGUCCCCAACUCCGAUAUCACCGAUAAGCAGAUCGGAGCCACCUUCGGCUACCUUGGCGGCGUGCAGGGUAUCAUGGACGGAGUCCGGUCCAACGCUACUUCUGGCAUCUACGGCGCUUACUCCAUGUGCUCUGCUAAGCAGCGUCUGGCCUGGGCUAUGAACGUUUACUACCAGCAGAACAAGGACAAUGCUGGUGGCGAGGCUUGUGGCUUCAACGGUGUCGCUAACAUCAAGGAGUCUACCUCUGCUUCUGGCUCCUGCGCCACUCAGAUGAGUGCUGCUGGCUCGGCUGGCACUGGUUCUGUGAGUGGUGGUCUUGCUGCUAUCACUGGUGGUGGUGCUGCUGCUUCUGGCUUUGCUUCUGGUGGUGUCAUCCCGUCUGGUAUUGCUGCUGGCAUUGCUCCCCAGGCUGUGCACAUUGGUGCCUGGCAGGCUGGUGCCUAUGCGGUCGCUGCUGUUGCCUCUGGUAUCUUCAUGGUCGUACUGUAA